AUGUGCAAUGGAAUGGUAGCGUUACAUACGAGAGCCCCUUCUUCUUCCUCCUCCUCCAUUCUAGCCCACAGGCUGGCCUUACCCACUCUUCUCAUCCUCUUCACUCUGCUCCAACAUGGCCGCGCAUCAGGUUGUGCGCAGCCACCUUCGGUACAGAAUGGAAACCUGCUGAACCAGACUGAGGCUAACAGGGACUCCUUUCCUGUGGGUGCUGUUUUGACCUAUGGCUGUGAGUCUGGAUUCACUGCAAAUGGGCCGGCCAGCAUCACGUGUGAAAAUUCUGGAUCCUGGUCCAGUCAACCGCCUAACUGCAUCCGAAGCAAUGUGUGUUCGCCUCCAACUGAACCAGAGAAUGGUGGCUACCGGUGUCACCCACCUGGCUGUCGCAGCCUUACCCAUAAGACUGUCAUCGAAUACUUCUGCGAUGAAGGCUACACUCUGAAAACAGAAUACAAGUUCCUCACGUGUGAGAAUGGCGAGUGGGUUACUCCGAUGCAGAUCAGCUGUCGACUUACCCAAGACACAGAGCCAAGCUCUCCACUCGGCAUACCAGCUCUGUCUAUUGUGGCGUCUACUGCUAGCUCGGUGGCACUCAUUCUGCUUUUAGUCGUACUGUUUGUGCUUGUGCAGCCCAAACUCAAGUCCUUCCAUCACAACAGGAGGGAGCAAGGAGUCUCGGGCCAAUCCGGUUCCGUUAUGGUUGAGGGGGUCCAGGUUGCACUUCCUUCUUAUGAAGAAGCCGUGUAUGGAAAUGGGUCAGGCCCCAGUCCUCCAUCACCACCUGAUCCAGCGCCUCCGGAGACCAGAGUCCCAAUUGUUCUGUCUGAAGGUCUCCCUCAGGGGGCCACUGGAGGUCAAGGUCCAAGCGGAACCCACCAACACAGAGACUUGGACUUAUGUUUGCCAUCCACCUCAUCCUCGUUUCCUUCCCGCCAUCAUGCAGAGACGGUGCUUGUUCAUCAGGCUCCGUCUUCGUCCUCUUCUUUAUCAUCGUGGGCUAGAGAGCACCCAGGGGGUGCGUGUGCAGGCCCUUUACCUCUCCGUAGAGACUCUGAGAGCAGCGACCAGCACAGUCUGCUCUCUGUCACCUCUGCAGAUGACUUUUCUGAUGAUAUCCCCUUGCUGAAGGAAGCAUGA